AUGGUGGACUGGACCUUGGUGCAAAAGCACAAAAAUGCGCUGAUGGAGGAUGCGCGUACGGCGCGUGAGCUGUCGUACUCGCCGUACAGCAAGUACCGCGUCGGCGCGGCGUUUCUGCUGAGCGACGGCACGCGCGUGCAAGGUGCGAAUGUCGAAAAUGCGUCGUACGGCUGUGCUAUCUGUGCCGAGCGCACUGCGAUUGCCAAGAUCCAGACGACGCCCGAGUGGCGUGUCCAGACGAUCCAUGCGGUUGCUGUGACGUCGGAUAGCGGUCUGCCGUGCACGCCGUGCGGGAUCUGCCGGCAGGUCCUGCGUGAGUUCUGUGCCCAAGACACGGUGAUCUUUAUGCCGAGCAAGGAGUGGGCGCCGAGCGAGGAGUGCAAGGCUGUGACCUCUCUCAAGGACCUCGCCGAGGACCACGUGCUGCUCAUGGACAUGGACAUGCUCCUCCCGCACAGCUUCGGCCCCGAGGCGCUGGCGGUGUAG